AUGCAAGGACUGAAGCACGAGGAGAGCCCUCCUGCCUUCCUAACUAGUGGUUUCUCGCUUCCAUCUCAUCUUUCCCACACUUUCAUCUCGCUCUUCACACUUCCGAAAUUACCAUCAACAGCAUUCAUCUACAUCAUGGGUAAGCAAAUCCGCGUACGUGAGACCGUCAACUCGGCUCUACCUCCUCUACUGAUGACAGAUUUCCAUACGAGCUCCAAUGCCGUACACCCACUUGUUUACAACGGCGAAUUGAAUCAUUGGCCAAAUUUCUUUCAGAAUGUACGAGCAACAAUGGAUAACCAACAUUGGAGCAGCAGCGUUAUCGGAUACACUCUGAAGACCCACAAUCUUGAUGACAAUAAGGUCUUUGUCGGAGAUGAGACAGGUGUACAGGGAAGGUUUCAACAGGCGAUUGGCCAAACACUUGGACAGGUGUUUGAAGCUCAAAGGCUUGAUAUCCGGUUUGCCGAUUUCAAAUGUCUUCCUAAUCCAGGGGGAAAAGUCCCAGAUUGUACUAUGAAGACAUCAAGGAAUGAGUUGAAGCUUGUGGGUGAGCUGAAGGUGCCGUAG